UCUCUUUCAAAGUAAUCCCGCACCGGAGAUGGACUCCACUACAAAAUACUCCCAGUUAACCUCAGGAAUCUCCCUAAGCUUUUGCUUUCAAAUUUAAAGCAUUGAGAGAGAGAGAGAGAGAGGGAGAACGGGAGAGAGCUCUUGUUGUUUGGAAUUUCUGUGGCGUUGGGUUUGUCGGUUAUACCUCGUUCGCAACAGAAUGAGCGGGCAGAAGAAAGAAAUCAUUCGAUUGGAGCGUGAAUCCGUCAUUCCAAUUCUCAAGCCUAAGCUCAUCAUGACCUUGACUAACCUCAUUGAACAUAAUUCUGACCGGACUGAGUUUUUAAAGCUCUGCAAAAGAAUUGAGUACACAAUUCGAGCUUGGUAUCUUCUGCAAUUUGAGGAUCUGAUGCAACUGUACUCCCUCUUUGACCCUGUGCAUGGGGCUCAGAAAUUGGAGCAGCAGAACCUAUCGCCUGAAGAAAUUGAUGUACUUGAACAAAAUUUCCUGACGUACUUAUUUCAGGUAUUAUGGGAACUUUCUAUUGUUUUGUUCUUAGAGCACAUUUGGACUCCAAUGGAACCAAAAGAGAAAGGAAAAGAGUAG